AUGUCAUUAGUUUCCUUGCCGUCGUGCCAGUCGGCGUUCGUCAACAAGACCCUCACGACCCUUCUUCACCUCCGACGUCAAGUCAACGUGUCAAAGCGCAACCUGUUCGCACUCCGCAAGUCCACGGCCUGCCUGCAUGACGAACAUUCUUCGGCGGAUCGCUUAAACGUCUCCAGCUUUUGCCCCUUCGCCGCGAACCGGCAUUGCGACGGGGCGUGGGUGCCUCCAAGGCCCCUUUCUUGGCGUGUCAACCCUUCGCGUCAAGGAACGAAGAUUUCGGUCAAUCAGCCAAUCUUUUCAAGCCAAUUGGGGUUACACGAUGGCCACAGGCCGAGAAUACCUAGCGCGUGGUUUCUCGUUCCCAUCUUACAGCUCCGGGAUCAGGAUCCUCUUGAAGAUGAGCCGGCUCCGUCGAUCAGUAGAUCACCAAUCCCUCUCCAUAAUCGGCCGAUAAUGUCAAAUCUUGCAUUGCGUUUGAAGCGAGCUGCAAUUCUCCAGAUCAUCUCGGCGAGCCACCUCUCCGUGUCCCUCGAAACAACGUCGCCUGCUGUCAGCGCCGUGUAUUCGGUCCUCGCACGUCCGCGGCGGCCCCCCACUGCAAGGACCAUCCCAAGUUCGGUCCCAAGUCGGCGACAGGACUUACUCUCCUUCAAUCUUUGCCCAUUGCGUAGGUUGGAUUUACCCGCCGUUGCAUUGUCGGUCCCCAAAUCCGCAGGUGGGUAA